CAAGAGACCCCCCCCUCCCCAGGCAGCAGCGGUAACCCCGAGGGAGGGGGGCAGCUCUGGAAAGCUUGAGGACUAGGAACUUGGCUCAGUGGCUAUGAGGGAGGGGAGAGAGAGCAAGGGAAUAGGGAGGGGAGCCCCAUAGCACCCCCCACCCCCGAAUAGUGCAGGCUUAGGGCCCCUGAGGACUAGCAACUUCAUUAAUCUAAAAGAAGAGGCGUUCCCCUUCCCCAGAGUUUUGGCUUCGUGGCAAGACUGCCUUUGGCGGGGUGGGGGUGGGGGGUGGGUUGUUUGGAAGGCAAGGAGAGGAGAGUUGAGCCCAGCCACAUGGACGGGAGGCAGAUCCUCAAGAGGACUAGCGACCUGGCUGAUUGAAUCCCAGGCUGGCCAGAAGUGGACGAAGUGGCCCCUCUACAGGAUGGGCGAAAGGGUCUCUGGACCCAGCCAAUUGGGAAGCAGGAAAACGACUUCCAUGGCGUUUGGGAACUGGCUCCCGACUCAGGAUCCCUCCCGGGCCAAUAACUUCGAACUCCAGCACAGCCUCCUGAAGUGCAGAUAGCAGAGCGGAGAGAGAGAAGCCAGCCACGUUUUGGGAAGACGUCCCGGGAAUGACCGGUUUGGUGAGCCAUGAUUCCCGUCACGGAAUUGCGCUACUUUGCGGACACCCAGCCGGCGUACCGCAUCCUGAAGCCCUGGUGGGACGUCUUUACGGACUACAUCUCCAUCGUGAUGCUAAUGAUCGCCGUAUUUGGCGGGACCCUCCAGGUCACCCAGGACAAAAUGAUCUGCUUGCCUUGCAAAUGGGUCACCAAAGACGCUUGCAACGAUUCUUCCCGCGAAUGGACGGCUGCAAACGUGGACCCCGGCUACUACAAUGCUUCCCUGGGGACGCCCCUGGACCCUGGGCCCACCGGGAUCAAAUACGACCUCGACCGCCAUCAAUAUAACUACGUGGACGCCGUGUGUUACGAAAACCGCCUUCACUGGUUUGCCAAGUACUUCCCCUACCUCGUCUUGCUGCACACCCUCAUCUUCCUGGCCUGCAGCAACUUCUGGUUCAAGUUCCCCAGGACUAGCUCCAAACUGGAGCACUUUGUCUCCAUCCUCCUGAAGUGCUUCGACUCUCCGUGGACCACCCGGGCCCUGUCCGAGACGGUGGUGGAGGAGAGCGACCCCAAGCCGGCCUUCGGGAAGAUGAACGGCUCGAUGGAGAAGAAGUCCUCCAACAUCAGCGAAGACGUGGAGGCCACCGCCCCGAUGCUGCAGAGGACCAAGUCUCGGAUUGAGCAAGGCAUCGUGGACCGCACGGAGAACGGGGUCCUGGACAAGAAGGAAGGGGAGCAGGCCAAAGCUCUCUUCGAGAAGGUCAAGAAGUUCCGGACCCACGUGGAGGAAGGAGACAUCGUCUAUCGCCUCUACAUGAGGCAAACCAUCAUCAAGGUCAUCAAGUUCAUCCUCAUCAUUUGCUACACGGUCUACUACGUCAACAACAUCACCUUUGACAUCGAUUGCAAAGUGGACAUUGAGAGCCUGACGGGCUACCGCAUGUACCGCUGCGCUCACCCCCUGGCCACCCUCUUCAAGAUCUUGGCGUCCUUCUACAUCAGCCUGGUGGUCCUCUACGGCCUGAUCUGCAUGUACACCCUGUGGUGGAUGCUCCGGAGGUCCCUCAAGAAGUACUCCUUCGAGUCCAUCCGAGAGGAGAGCAGCUACAGCGACAUCCCCGACGUCAAGAACGACUUCGCCUUCAUGCUCCACCUGAUCGACCAGUACGACCCUCUCUACUCCAAGCGCUUCGCCGUCUUCCUCUCGGAGGUGAGCGAAAACAAGCUCCGGCAGCUGAACCUCAACAACGAGUGGACGCUGGAGAAGCUGCGCCAGAGGAUCACCAAGAACUCCCAGGACAAGCUGGAGCUGCACCUCUUCAUGCUCAGCGGCAUUCCCGACACGGUCUUUGACCUGCUUGAGCUGGAGGUCUUGAAACUGGAGCUCAUCCCCGACGUCACCAUCCCCCCCAGCAUCGCCCAGCUCACCAGCCUGAAGGAGCUCUGGCUGUACCACACGGCGGCCAAAAUCGAGGCCCCGGCUCUGGCCUUCUUGAGGGAGAACCUGAAAUCCUUACACAUCAAGUUCACGGACAUUAAGGAGAUUCCCUUGUGGAUUUACAGCUUGAAGACCCUGGAAGAGCUUCAUCUGACGGGGAACCUGAGCGCCGAGAACAACCGCUACAUCGUGAUCGACGGCCUGCGGGAGCUGAAGAGGCUGAAGGUCCUGAGGCUGAAGAGCAACCUGACCAAGCUGCCCCAGGUGGUAACGGACGUGGGCGUCCACCUGCAGAAGCUCUCCAUCAACAACGAAGGCACCAAGCUCAUGGUCCUCAACAGCCUGAAGAAGAUGGUCAACCUGACGGAGCUGGAGCUCAUCCGCUGCGACCUGGAGCGCAUCCCGCACUCCAUCUUCAGCCUCCACAACCUGCAGGAGAUCGACCUCAAGGACAACAACCUCAAGACCAUCGAGGAGAUCAUCAGCUUCCAGCACCUCCACCGCCUCACCUGCCUUAAGCUCUGGUACAACCAAAUUGCCUACAUCCCUGUGCAGAUCGGCAACCUGACCAACCUGGAGCGCCUCUACCUGAACCGCAACAAGAUCGAGAAGGUGCCCACCCAGCUCUUCUUCUGCCGGAAGCUCCGCUACCUGGAUCUCAGCCACAACCUCUUGACUUGCCUACCGGCGGAAAUCGGGGCGCUGCAGAACCUGCAGAACCUCGCGGUGACGGCCAACAGGAUCGAGGGUCUCCCUGCUGAGCUGUUCCAGUGCCGGAAGAUUCGGACUUUGCACCUGGGCAACAAUGUCCUGCAGUCCCUGCCCUCCCGGGUGGGCGAGCUGGCCAACCUGUCUCAGAUCGAACUGCGGGGCAACCGCCUGGAAUGCCUUCCGGUGGAGCUGGGCGACUGCCCCUUGCUGAAGCGCAGCGGGCUGGUGGUGGAGGAGGACCUCUUCAACACCCUCCCCUUGGAGGUCAAGGAGAGGCUUUGGAGGGCGGACAAGGAGCAAGCUUGAACGGUGGCCGGACAAAGCAGAAUCCGCUGAACCGGGGAGCUCGCGGGCUCGCCCGGUUUCCCGUCUCUGAACAAGGGGGUUCGGCUCGCCCCGCUUCCCCUGGCCCCGUGCUCUGGAGACCCUCACCCCGAGGGGCGUGGCUCCCUGACUGACCGCCCAGAAGGAAGGGGAAACCAGGCGGUUCCCUGCUUCAGGAAGGAGAGGAGAAGCAGGACGGACUCUGGGGGAAGAAGGGGUAUUGGUCCGUCACUCUCAGUGGGGCAGGAAGUGGGAACUGGUCCCCCGCAGCCUGCUAGAAAAGAGACUGGAGCUGGUGUGAUCGGAGGUUUGACCCCCCCUGGCUGGGUGUUGGGGCAGAGAGCCUGAUCCUGCUGCUCUUCCGUGCGGUUGGGACCCGUCCUUGAGUGCUGCGCCCCCUCCGAAGGGAGGGAACGGCGUCCAGCUGUCCAGCUACGCCUCGCACCACGUCCAGUCCUGACUCCCAGCAAUGACCCUCUCCGAGGAAUGGAUCGGAGAAGAUUCAGCCUUCGCUUUUUUCUUCUUCGCAGUGGCAUUUUUUAAAAAAAAGUACUUUACUUUAGAACGCUAUUUUGCAAAAGUCUGAACUUAACCCCCCCUCCCCCCCCAAUUUUUUUUUGGAGAUCUCCCCAAAUCUUGAUGGCUUUAGUUCCGACAGAAAUCUCCCAGGAGUGUGAGAUCAAAGGAUUUCCACGUUGAAGGAGGCCAGCCUGUAUUUUUCCCUUUAAAAAAAAACAAGUCUUCUCAGUUGCAAAAAUAAACAUUCAAUGCUGGGUGGGCAGUUGUUAGUUUUUAAACUGACAUUUGACAUUCCUUCUAAGUUGAGAAGUGCCCACCUGAGGGGGAACAGGGGCACCGACGAUCAAAACACUAAACCUGAAGAUGCACUGGGGGUGGGGUCUUCUUUCUUUUUCCCCUUUUUAACCUGCUACCAGCAUCUUUCCAGGAGAUCUAAGACUCUGUCAAUAUUUCCGUUCCCUUUAUGAUUUUUUUUUUAAACAAUAAUAACAGCUGGUCUGUUUUUUCGCUGUUUUCGUUUUUUGAAGCCUCGGUUGCCCAAAGAGACUUUUGGAUUUUGCUUCUGGCGCAGCACCAAGUCUUAAAAAAAAAUAAGGCGUGGCCGAAAGUACAGGGCAGGGUUUGGGGAGUGGGGGAGGUUGUGAGGGGUGGGUGGGACGCCGUUCUUUGCAAGGAAGUGAGGAAGGAGUCGAAUUUGCACUAUUGUCCAGCACGCCUGUCCUAGUGAAAAAUGAAUUAUUAUUUUUUUACACACACCCUGUGCCCCUCCAUACACACUAAAAUUUCCAUCUCUGUUUGCAACUGGAAAAUUCCACCUGCCAAGGGAGCAAGGAAUUAAAAUUCCCAAGGUUCCCGGGCAGGAUCGAGCCACAGUCUUGCCCUAUCCAGAAGGACUGGGACUGACUAAAUCUGCAGUUCCAAAACAUAUAUAUAUAUGUAUACACACGCACACCAAUAUAUACAUUAAUAUACCUUAAAACUAAACUAUCGUAUCUGGAGGAGAGAGGCUCAAUUCCUUUAGGAAUGAAUUCCAUGGGCUCAGUUGGGUGAUGAAGAUGGGUAGAGCAGCCAAGGUUGGCAGCUGUCUCUUGGGGCACCUCUGCUGCUGGCAGGCCGAUCCCUGAGGGGUGGGGGAGACCCUCUCCUUCUUUUUCUCCCUUCUCCCCCCCCCCUUUUUCAGCAGCCAAUGGGACAGAGCCAUCGCAAGCUUCCCAGCUGCCUCCGUCCACCGUAUUAGGGAGGAUUUCUCCAGGCUGGCAACGCUACCAAGGCCCCGAUGCGAUGUUAUCCAAGGCGCCGGCAUUGUUCGUGUUUGAAAUAAAGCUACUCUUGGAAAUCCUCACGAAA